AAACACUAAAGCCAGUUUAAUCCGUGUGGUGAAUCUUCCCAGCUAUCAUUUAUCGUUCCUUUCUCAGCUUGAAGAAGAAACACUUAAACUAGUGAAUUCAGGACAGGCGGGGUAGUGGACGCCACGCCUGCGGGGGCUUUUUGUCCGUUGCCUGGGCAUCUUAUUGGACCGCUUGGAAACCCCGCGGCCGGGCCCCAGCUGAUUCUGCGGGCUCCUCUUUGCUGGGCGUGUCGCUUUCUGGAGGGGGCGCGGGCAGCCCUUGAACCUGCUCCCGCAUGUUUGGCCUCUACUCGGUGUGGGAGGCCGUGGAAGGGAAACGGAUGGCGCUGCCCUCAGUUCAUAGAUGCCUCCAAGAAAAAUUAUCUCACUUUUCCAGCUCAAUCAAGAAAAUCAGCUGCUCCUUAAAAAGCUGAGGCAUGUACGCCUAAAAAACAAACAGUUGGAGUAUAAUGUAACACAGUUGCAGGAGAAACUACAGGAGCAAAAGAGGUGCUUGCCUGCCUGCAUCACAAAGAAAGAUGUGCAAGUUCAAACAGAAGUUCAGUUAUACCAUAGAGGUGACGGGGUUCAUCACAAGGAACAUGAAGUAGUAAAGGAACAUGCCAGAGUACUUCAGAUGUAUAAUGAACUGAAGAAAAGGUAUAAUAAAGAAGUCAAAACAAACCAAAGACAAAAUGAAACAGUUGCAAUGCUAUCUGUUAAAAUUAAUGAUCUGGAACACCAACUUCAAUUAGCAGAUCAAAAGAUAAAAGCCUUGGAAUAUAAAAAAAGGGACAAAUCUGUUUCAAUUCAGAGAAAAAUGUCAUCUGACAAAUGUUUGUGCAAAAAGAAGGGAAGCUGUUCCUGCAAAUAUUUAGACCAGCUGCUUUUUGAGACACAGCGACUGAAGAUGGAAAAUGAAACGCUGUCCAGAGAAAGAAGAAUGUUAAAAAAUGAGCUUGCUGCAUUAGAUAAGGAUUUUUUUGAUGAAAUAGAAGAUUUAAAAUAUGCUCUACAAGAAGCCAUAAAGCUGAAUACUCACUAUGAAAAAUGUUUGAAACAGUUAAGUUCCACUUAUGGAGUCACUUUUACAUCACCGUUGACAGCUGGAAAUCAUCGUGCAACUUUAUGGAAGUAACAUGCUCAAUCAAGAUUCUUAUUAAAGUAUACUGAGUGUACUCAGAAAAAUCAACUCUCAACAGAGUAACUUCUUAAUUUGUGCAAUAAAAUCAUGACUUUGACCUA